AUGCUUCAAACAUACGACUGCUUCCUCUUGGAUGAGCAUUCAACUGAAACUGUGAUCCGGCCUUGCCCACCUCCUCAUCGGCGUCUCAAAAUCCGAAUCGGCAGCAUGCAUUCUUCACUCCCGCUGCGAGCUGGCCUCCUUAAACGGUCCUCCUACUACAACUCCGACUACCGUAGCGGGGCUGCCCUGCUUCGAGCCCGCCGGCCGUACCUAGUCAAGAACACCCUCACAGGCAUAGCGAUCUUCGGCUUCGCUAUUGGAGUUUUCGCGUUUACCCUCAGAGCCGUCGGCCAAGAGACCUUUGACGACGUGAUCGUUCCAUCGGACACGGACGCCGUUGCGCCAAACUCCUCCCCAGCUGAGACCGCACGGUUACAGCCGAUUCAAAAUCAGUCGCCGAAGACACCAACUGCGUAG